AUGACUGGACUCAUGCCCAUGCAGAGACAGGUUGUUCACAGGCUGUCGUUGGCUAUAAGCAAGUGGUCCCGCCCCGUACGAAACUCAGCGACGUUGUCAUGCGUCAAGGACUACUGGGAGAGUGGUGAAUGGGCUAUAGUGAACGCAGUGGGAACCUACAACACUAAGAAGUAUGACUGCUGCCAUGAGAUCUACCCUGAUAUAACCUACUAUUUCAUGAUCAGACGCCUGCCUCUAUUCUACACCGUCAACCUCAUUAUCCCUUGUCUCCUCAUCUCCUGUCUCACCGUCCUGGUGUUCUACCUGCCUUCUGAUUGUGGAGAGAAGAUCACUCUGUGUAUCUCUGUCUUACUGUCUCUCACCGUCUUCCUCCUGCUCAUCACUGAGAUCAUCCCUUCCACCUCCCUGGUGAUUCCUCUUAUCGGGGAGUAUCUCCUUUUCACCAUGAUCUUCGUCACUCUGUCUAUCGUGAUAACGGUGUUUGUCCUGAACGUCCACCAUCGUUCCUCUGCUACUCACACCAUGCCUCGCUGGGUUCGGACACUGUUCCUGUCUGCCAUUCCCCGGUGGCUCUGCAUGAAACGACCCCCGCCUGACCUCAGGAGGAGGGGCUUAGUAGGCAAACUCCACCCCUUCGGAACCUUCAGAACGCCUGGCCCCUCCCGCGCUUCGUCGCAUUCCACAGCUCACACCUGGCUCAUGCGGGAGUCCGAUGUUGAUCUCCAUGGUAACGAGGACGAGGAUGUGAUUCGCCAUGGUUACUUGGAUACGGAGAUGGACGCGGGGUUAGGGGGGAGGUUGAGGCUUCCCCCAUCCUUCUCCUUUCCCCCUCCCUCUCCCCGCCUGCCCGUCUACACCCCCCUCAUCCCCAAGACUCACACCACCCAGCGGCCCCCCAAUCUGAGUCUGACCCCAGACUGGGACUUCGCUCCCCCAGGUCCUGAUGUUGGUAUGGCACACGCCCCAGCUCCAGCCCUGUCUCCUGCAGUGUUACAAGCCCUGGAGGGGGUGACGUACAUCGCUGAACACCUCAGAGCCGAGGACCAAGACUUCUCUGUGAAGGAGGACUGGAAGUACGUUGCCAUGGUGAUAGAUCGUAUCUUCCUGUGGAUGUUCAUCAUCGUGUGUCUCCUGGGAACCAUCGGAUUGUUCUUACCACCCUGGCUGGCCGGCAUGAUCUAGAACCCUGUGUGUGUGUG